AACUGCAGCCCCCUUCCCUCGCGGUUAGAACUAGUUUAUAAAUAUAUAGAGAUCUAUAUACGUAGUCUCUGGGAUUGACUUCUCUUCUAUGACGUGGCUUUUGUGGUAACAUCUGGCGCCCAACUCUCAUCGAUGCAUCCACAUCUCUAGUUCUUUAAAACACCAUAACCACCUCACACGGUGGUGUAUGCAGACUGUCGACAUAACGCCUACUAUUGUCCGGCACCAUCUUCUUUUUUUUUCACGCCACCUCUCCCCCCCCCCCUCAAUUCCGUCCAGCCAGCUCCACGGGCGUGGGCUAGGCGGCGCCCCAAUGGCGAGGAGUUCCAGAGACUGUUUUGCCUCCACCAGGUGUACCCAGGUGUGAGGCAGGAGUUAGGACAUGACUGUAGCAUUCGUCUUCAGGUCAUGACUGUAGCAUUCGUCUUCAGGACAUGCAGAUAAGCAGACGCUGUCCUGUACGGUCUUUCAACGCAGACGACAGCACACAAGAACUGGUCUAAAGAAGAGCGAAUUGCCGAACAACCACGGCUGGCUCCAUGGGCACCGGCAAACAUGGUCAGCGCCCCGGUAAUGAGGACGCAGGCGACGCCGCCGUCAAAGGAAGGGAAUCAGACGAGCGGACAUGCCUGAGGUCUAAAAAAGAACGCGAGGACCGCGUGUGUUUAAUACAGAGUCGUCUAGCCCUGACUAUACUCACUCGAGCGGUGGCGGUACGCUGUACCGGUGCGUACCGUCACAAAAAAAAGCCCUGGUCAUGACAAUGCUCAAGCUGGAGUCAAGCUGCUGAGCAAAUAAAUAAACUGACUUGACACACACCUACUGAACUGAAAAAUUCUCAUGUGUUUCUCAUUCUCUCAUUGUCCUGUGUGGCGGUCAUCACGACGUCCAUAUGGCUGAUGCUCAACUGCAGAGAGAACUUUGCCAGGGUCCGCCCGAUGAUCCCCGAGCACGCCCUGUUCUGCACGAACAUGGGCAUGCCGGCCCUCUUCGCCUGCUGCACUUUUCUCUUCACCAUCUUUGGCCUGGGCUGCACGGGGAGACGCCUCACAGGUUACGCCCUUAUCAUCAUCAGCUCCGUUGAGAUCCUGCAGAGCGUCACCACCUUAGCCUUCUAUAAGUGCAACACCGUGGACCACCAGGACAUCCUGGACACGGUCAACUCAAGCCUGACUUCAUGCCACAAGCCCAUGGGCUUCGCCAUCCCUCUCUUCUACGUGCCUUCAGAUGUCAGCAGGCAACAGAACCAAUCUUUCGGUAAUGGCGCUAAAAGAAAACGGAGAGCUGCUUUAGACCCGCAAGAGCUUUCAGCAAUGUCGCGCCAAACCGACUCGUACGUUCAUGAAUCGAUGUCUGAUUUUAGAAAAGAGCCCACAACAUAUUUACCCAAUCUAGUCCAUACUCGCCAAAAUGUUACUUCUAUUCCAUUUCAGCCUAGUAUUGAGACAGAGUUGAUCAAAGCCGAAUCCGAAAUUUCCAGAUACUCCAAAAACACUGAUUCGGGGUCUAUUGUUUUGAAACAGCGAGGGAAAAAGUUAAUUGAAGAGUUCAACAAUAAAAUGCGUGUACAGGUAGAACCGGGUAAGAAGACGCAAACACCCAAGACGCCAGGGCAAGAAAAAUUUAAGGUCAAGGGUCAGACAACGUCCAGCAACGACCAGUGCUCCCAAAAGAGCCCAUUCUUUGCUCAGCUUGGUCUCAGGAUCCGAACGAGCGAGCUCCACGAGUGCCUUGCAGUCUGCCAGACCUACUUUGCAGUGUGUCCGCCUUCCAGGCAAGCUGACGUCUCAGCGUCUAAAUUGACAAACUCUGAUCGAGCGACGGCCCCGUCCGGGUUCACCCGAGACAGAGCCAGUUUCGACAAGGUUGUGCUACAUUGUGGGGAUCACAUCAAAGAGCAUGUGAACAAACUGUGUUUUUACAAUGAUGAGAUCAUCAUUCCGAUCUCCAUUUGCGCACCAACCUUUUACAUAUGCCUCUCUUUGUGUUUUAUAUAUUUCUGUCGCUGCGACAGGCGCCUGAAAGAGUUCGGUCCUAUUGAGACCGCAUCCAAAGAGCGCAGCGAUCCGCCAAAGAAAUGGACCUGGAGAUCACUUCCAUGUUGCACAGGCGCAGACUACAGCGACAAAUCCUCGCCUUGGAGCUGCGCUGGCUUAAAAGCGUCCCUCCCCCUGACAACGGGGAUGACAAAAGGCUCGCAUGGCGCGUUCUCCACCAGCAUCGAAGGUUCAAAUUCUACUCACGUUCUGCUCCAGAUGAGGGAGAUGCCUGACCUGGACAACGCCGGCGCCACAGUUUCUCAGGGCGCCUCCAGAGACACAUUGAAUACUUUGCUGUCGGAGGAGCUGUCAGCGACGGCUUCACAGUAAAGGCAUUCAUAGUAAGCAAAAAAAAUAAAAAAUUCAGACCAAAUUUCUAACGAGAAUAAGAAACUUUACCAAGAAAAUAUUUACUAGGGCUGGCUUGAUUCAUCGUGAUAACUUGUGACCAUCUUCUUCCAAACAUUCACCAAUUUACCGAAGUCUCAAAGAUGUGUAAGAGCUUGAUUUCUUACUUUGGAAACUGGGUAGCGAUAUCACUAGAUGCAUUUCUAUACAAAAGUAUUCUCUGGAGUAUUGAUGCCAGCUGGAGUCCACUCAAGGUACAAUACAAGCAAGACAAACUACUGACGUGAGUGCAACGCCAAGAAUAAAUUUGAUUCAGGACUUAGAUGGAUAAUGAGACUUUCCUAAGGAUAUCACUAUCUAAACCAUUUGCCAAUAAACUAUUAGUAUUAAGAUCUACAGAAUCAAUAGAGAAUCGAUCUUCGUAUUUAAACUAUACGUUUCUGAAAUGAAGUUUCGGCCUAAGUAAUCAAGGCAUCUUUUAAUACAAUGUGAUUAAUCAUUAAGUAUCUAUAUAGUAUUCGUUUGUUAUUUGUAAUAUAAUUAAAAAACCCGACCGAGUACAGUUUCCCAGAUGAAACAAAAAAUAGCAUGUCUCUAGCCUUUAGGCAUAAAACUUUAUUGAUAUUCACUCUUUCUUUGUAAAGACAUUUCUACCCAGUUCUAAGGAUAUAAACAAAUAAAACCGUUUAAUAGAAUUAUAUAAGAUCUACACUUCUUAUUGCAGUCAGAUUCUUUUGAUCAACAUCCUAGAGGAUCGGAUUUGAAGAAGUGACAGAAUUGAAUGAAGUGGUUACCUCCCCAUUAACUCGCAGCAUGACAGUUGUUUAAACAACAACAGGCUAGUGCUUCUAUAAACAACCUCUGAACAACUUAAGGCCUGUGAGUUGAUAAACAACAGACCAGUGCUUCUAUAGGCAACAGUUGUUUUAAACAACAUAAGGCCUGUAUAUUUUAAACAACAGGCCAGUGCUUCUAUAGACAACAGUUGUCUGAACAACAGGCCAUUGCUUCUAUGGACCUAGAGACAAAAGUUGUCUGAACAACAGGCCAGUGCUUCUAUAGACCUAGAGACAACAGUUGUCUGAACAAUAGCCCAGUGCUUCUAUAGACAACAGUUGUCUGAACAACAGGCCAGUGCUUCUAUAGACAACAGUUGUCUAAACAAGAUACCAGUGUUUCAAUGGGUGUUACAGUAAAGUGUUUUAUUUCAAGAUUUGCUCAACUUUUUUAUAUCGUCUUUUAAAAAUUAUGAUUGUACUAUUUGACACAGUGUUCCUUUUUUUUUUUAAAUACAUAUAUUUUGACUCAAGUAGGAGUUACCAUGGAUACAAUGUCAAAAGCAACAACAACAACAAAAAACAACACUUUUAUUGUGUCUGGGAAAUGUGAGUGACGUGUUUAUUGACUUCUAUCAUUUUGUUAUUGACUUCCUAACAGCGUUCUGAAAACGAGGCUGUGUUUCAAGAAUGAAUAUUACAAAUGAAAAGUUUGGCCAGUGUGGACAGCAAAGUGGGAAAAAAAGGUGCUUUUUUAUUAUCUCGUGACACUUUUUAUUUCUAUUUUUUUUUUAAAUCAAAGUCUAGAUAUUGUGUUACAAAACGUAAUGAGCGACGUGAAUAAAAUUGGUUAAAUGUCAACAUGACAAUGUAUUAUCAAUGUAUUUUUUGGUUAAGUUUUUGCAUUGAUCUCUCAAUGAAUGUUAGAACCUGUGUUCACCACAGCUAUGUAUAUAACUAGUUUGAAGCCAAAGAUUUAUCUGUCUUCAUUUGUACUUUCCAUUACAUUUGUUUUUCUCUGCUUUUCACAAAGUCUGACCAAAAUGUAGUGCAGUGGUUCCCAAACUGUGUUCCUGAAUAAGGCCUGAAUAAGAGUUCCACGAUCUACUGGAAUACUUAACUAGUUGGCCACCACCUGAAUAAGCAAAGUGUUCCGCUAAAUACUCAGAAUGAGCGAAGUGUUCCGUUAAAGAAAAAGUUUGGGAAACACUGAUGUAGUGGAUUUGUUACCAGAUUCAUAGCAACGCGUAUCCCCCUCCUUCAGCCCCCCCCCCCCCAAUGCUUCUAUGACGUCUUAAUCUUUGUCUUCAUGUAUACAAGCUGGGUAUGCAAGUAGGUCAAAGUUGAUCAUGUUCCAAUGUUCUUCUACAACCGUAUGUUGUCGACGCUCAAAGGCAUUUUUACCGUACAUUCAAAUGACUUUCUUAGUACUGCUUAGUAUUGUGUCAACUCGUGUGCCUGUGAUCUGUCCAUUUCAACGUGCAAAGUUGAUGUACAAACAUGCCCGGAUGUUGCUUACAUUGUGUUAUCAUUGUACUGGCUAUUUGUGAUUUGAUAUGUGUCUGUUGUGGUUUAAUUAUAGUCAGUGAUAUUACUUUAAAAAAAACAACAGUUGUUUCAUUUAGUUAUAUUAAAGUUUUCUAUCUUGA